AUGUACAAGCCUUCGUGCGCAUUCGCAUGCCGAGAUGCCUUCGUCGGGUAUAUGCUCGAGUGUUCGACCGACGCAUCGCCACAUCUCUCGAAGCGAAUGUCCAUGGGAUCCAUGAGCGGUAUGGUGACCACGCCGGAGUGCUACGCCACGGACGACGCAUUCCUUCAAAGCAUGGCGUACUGCAUCUCUACGCACUGCAGCGACGUACCGAUCUGGAGGCUGGAGAAGUGGUGGGCGACACGAUUGACCGGACGAGGUGCCAACCUGCCGCAGCCAAAGCAAGCAUACAGUGCGACUCUGGCGCACGUCACGACGCCGCCGAAUUCGACAAUCGCCAAGGGUGGCUUUCUCAAUCAAACUGGUCUGGUCGACGAACAUGCGUGGCUUGCAAACUUCAACGCGGACAACAUUUUUGAGGUGAACGAGAUCAAUCAUGUGACGUGGGGUCUAAUUCUCCUCAUCACCGGUGCUUGCAUUCCAAUUGUGGCAUCGCUGCUGCGUCUAUUGCCGCUGCCUCGAGCAUUCAUCGGUGGAUUCUACGCCAAAUUCAUCGACCCUCCAGCAUUCGGUCUCUCCCAUCGUGUGCCGUGGUUCAAUGCCUUUGUCAUGCCCACGCGGGGCCAAGCAAUCUUCAUCGCCUACCUGUGGUUCAUUAAUAUCAUCGCAUGCUCGGUCGGGUAUGAGGUUCGGAAUCCUAUGGCGUGGUACGAUGGGGCGCCCACUCCUCAAAUUGCGCAUGAGAUCGCCAACCGCACUGGCAUCAUCAGCUUCGCAAACCUUCCGCUACUUCUGCUCUUUGCUGGCCGAAACAACAUUCUUCUGUGGGUCACAGAUUGGUCGCAUUCGACCUAUCUCUUGGUUCAUCGAUGGAUCGCUGUGAUCGCUACCCUCGAGGCUUGCGUCCACUCGGCCAUGUAUCUCCAGAUCUACCUCGCCAAGGGCGUGGCGGCCCACAACGCUGAAGCUAAGCUGCCAUACUGGAUCUGGGGUGUUGUUGCCACGCUCGGAGCAGUCGUGCUCAUUCCCGCAUCCAUGCUCACCGUCCGACAAAAGAUGUACAACUACUUCAUCGCCUGGCACGUCGUGCUCGCCUUCUUCACCCUCAUCGGCUGCCUCUACCACAUUCUCUGCAACUACCAGCAUCACUGGGGUUACGAGACGUGGAUCUACAUCGCCUUCGCCGUUUGGGGUUUCGAUCGUUUACUCCGAGCGGCGAGACUUGCGCACAAUGGGAUUCGUACCGCUCGGGUUUCGAUCAUUGACGAGGACUACAUUCAGCUCGAUGUCCCGGGUAUCGCUGCGGCAGAAGGCACAGCAUAUCUGUACUUUCCCACACUGACGUGGAGGGUGUGGGAGAACCAUCCUUUCUCUGCUCUGCCAGGCGCAGUCCGCCCCCAUGACUAUGCUGCUUCCUCCGCCUCUUCAACGAGCGCUCCGCCCGUAGACGCCAAAACCAUCGAAAGCACUGCCACGGCCGUCCGAUCGGAGGACGAGAAAGCCAACCUCUCCAUACCGCAUUCCGAUGCAUCACAAGUCCGCUCAGCACAGACUCCCAGCCUGACGUUUUUCAUCCGCACCUCCUCCACCGGCAUGACCUCCCUCCUCCGCCACCGCCGCACCCUCCCCGUCCUCGUAGAGUCCAUCUACGGAACCGCCAACGUCUUCUCCGGCAGUGACAUCGAUCUCUCUCACUCCUCCAGCGUCGUGUACAUUGCCGGCGGAGUGGGCAUCACCUCCCUGCUACCCUCUCUCGGGCAUCGCGCCGGCCCGCACCAGGGAAAAAAGCUCUAUUGGGGUGUCCGAAGCCAAGCUCUCGUGGACGCCGUGCGUGGGGUGUUUGGCGACGACUUUGGCGCUGGAAGGGGUGGUGAAGUCCACAUCGAAGUGGGACAGAGAUUGGAUUUGAAAGGAAUUCUGGAGAGGGAAGUCAAAGAUGGAGACGGAGUCGAAGGUGCUGAGGUGACAGUGAUAUGCUGCGGGCCGCCGGCCAUGGCGGAUGAGAUAUAA